AUCCUAAAUCCUGACAGAACCUGAUGGAGGCCAGAAAUGGUGGGCUCCCAGGACUCAAAGCCACUGGAUAUCAUGUGGAGCCAAGAGCCUCAUGUCAAACUGUGGCACCAUUGGUAGAGAGAAAAUUCCAUGUUCUUGUGGGUGUCACUGGAAGUGUUGCAGCCCUGAAGUUGCCCCUUCUGGUGUCAGACCUUUUGGACAUUCCUGGGCUGGAAGUAGCAGUGGUCACAACUGAGAGAGCCAAACAUUUCUACAGCCCCCAAGAUGUUCAUGUCAGCAUCUACAGUGACACUGAUGAAUGGGAGAUGUGGAAGUGCCGCUUUGACCCAGUUCUCCACAUUGACCUACGGAAGUGGGCAGACCUCAUGCUAGUAGCACCUCUGGAUGCCAACACUCUGGGGAAGGUGGCCAGUGGCAUCUGUGACAACUUGCUUACCUGUGUCAUCCGGGCCUGGGACCGCAGCAAGCCCCUGCUCUUCUGCCCGGCCAUGAACACUGCCAUGUGGGAGCACCCCAUCACUGCGCAGCAGGUGGAUCAGCUCAAGGCCUUCGGCUAUAUUGAGAUCCCUUGUGUGGCCAAGAAGCUGGUGUGUGGAGAUGAAGGUCUGGGGGCCAUGGCUGAAGUCAAGACAAUUGUGGACAAAGUGAAAGAAAUUGUCUCUCAGCGCGAUGGCUUCCAGCAGAAUUGA